GCUGCAGGACCCUGGUCGCCCACGCUUGGAUGACGCAUCGAUAACAGCUUCGAGCUCGCUGGUCUGGUCCUGGUAAGACAGGCGAAGGAGUCAAAGAAAAAAGCCCUUCCCCUCGACCAGCAUCGAGGGCUUUUGUUGCUGUGGCGCGUAAUCUCGUGACCUCCGUCCGAUCCUGGCAGCAGGCACCUGGUCAGGGUUUCGCAGGCGAUCAGCAGCGCAUACGCACUCGUUGUCGCGCCACUCAGCUCUUCGGCUGACGUUCGAUCUCGCUUCUGCAGCAAAAUCAAGCCAGCGGAGGCCGACCGGCUUGGCCAACCACGAUGGCAGCCACAACGCUCAACCCGCCAAACUUGAACGUGGAAACGACCUCUACAUCCCAACGGCCAGAGCCGUCCCCUUCUUCAUCAGCUGCCUCGUCUGUGAUAUCCCCAUCUUCACGCGACACGUCUCCCUAUCUUGGUGCCAUUGGGCUCAAUCUCGGUGUACCCAGCCAUCCGCCCGGGAACCUGGAAAAGGGCUCGCAUACCUUGCUGCAACCCCCCACAUCCUCUGCUUGCACCUCAUCCGCUGGGUCUCGACAACAACAUCCGUAUCGCCAUCAGCAGCACCACAACGGAGGGCAGUCGGCAUAUAGCGGCGGGGGCUCAUUUGGACAGGGUGGCAUGGGCAUCGGUGGCGGAGGCAGCGGUAGCGGUGGAAUAAGUGCAAUGCCCUAUGGCGUACCACCGAACAGCAGCGCCAGCAGUAUGAGUGUCGGGAGCGUGGGCAGUGGGUUUACCAGUGCAGGUUCGGGGCCCGUCAUGGACGAAAUCAAACGAUGGUCCUCUGCGAAUGUAGCACAAUGGCUCACCAGCCUGUCGCUCUCGUCAUACAUUGGCACCUUUAGCUCCAACGAUAUCACUGGGCGCGUCCUGCUCGAUGUCGACAAUGCGGCGCUGAAAGAGAUGGGCAUCACCUCGGUUGGCGAUCGAUUACGCAUCGCAAACGCUAUCAAGGGGCUCAAGCGCAAGUGCGCAGAAGAUGCUGUCUUGCGCAGGUUUAGCGUCGCCAGCUCCGUCACGAGCACCAGCAGCGCCAGCACGCAUAACACGUCGGGCACGCCUGGCCGAAGUGGCCAGCCGAUCCCGGUGCCGUUUGACUUUCGCAAUAGGAGCGGAAGCGUGAUGAGUGGCAACGGCAUCCCAAGCGCCGGCUCUACCUCCUCCUCUUCCUUCAGCAGCUCCUUCUCUUCUACUGCAUCGAGCAAUGCAAGCGCGAUGGGCAGCCAUCUCGUGCUUGGGCCGGGCGGUCUGGGUGGUACAGGCGCAGGCGGUCCGCUCAGUUCGGCCAGCUCAACCGGUUCAGGUAUGACCAGUUUCUUGCAUCAGCUGCAGCAGCACCAGACGCAGGCCCAGCAGGAUAAGCGCUCGCAGACGUCGAGGAGCCAAAGGCAGGGAAGCCAGGAGGAAGUUGAUGGAGAGAUGGAAGUGCUGGAUAACCUUCAUGAUCAUUCGCAUCCGUUGCCUCAUGAGGCACCAACGCAGACUUCUGCUAAGGACGACAAAAGCGCCCUGCCUACCAGCAGCAUCAGCGGUCCACAGUGCGUUGGCGUUCCCGCCGGCUCAACCUCAAUCAGCAGCUUUGGUACUUCCAUGGGUUCUCGCCGGCUAGCACAGACGCGGCCUCCACCGUUGCACCUUGCAAAAUCGGCGGCCAAUGCUCCGACGUUGAAUGCAACCAGUCAGCAGGCCGCCGCUGCUGCUGCCGCUGCCGCCACAAAGCUGCGAGAGCGUGAACAGCGAGACAGAGAGCGAGAACAGCAGCACAUGAACAUUGGCCGACUCAGUCCGACAGCUGCGCCUGGCACGCGUCCCCUGAUCGUCAGCUCUGGAAGGAAUGGCCUCUCCCUCGCGCGAAGCCCGGGUCUGCAGCAGCAUCCUUACGCAAACCUACAGCAAUCACAACAGCAGAAACAGCAGCAACAUCGCAAAGUUGCAUCUGCAGGGGACGUGACUUCGAGUGCGGCGACCAACGCCAUCAUGUUCAAUAAAUCUGGGCCGAGGGCGCAAGUACAACGAGGCGAUGCAGUAUCGCGGCCGGGUACGUCGACGGGGCAGUAUGGUGGUGGAAAUGGCGGCACAUGCAAUGGGAUGGAAGGGAACACCAACGGGCCGCGUCCCAACACGUCAUCAGGGGUCGUGGGCGGCGCUCACCCGAUGAGCAUGCGUACUGGUGGGAAUGAUCGAUCCAGCGGACGAGACAAUGUAAGCCCGACGAGCGGCAGCUUUGGUAAUCGGCCCACUACAUCAGGCAGCAGCAGCAUGAAUGUAGCUGGCCUGGCUCUCCCACCCAUCACGGAGAGUAUGUUACCCCUUACACCGGGCAGCGGCAAUGAUCUAGGCUAUUCUGUCGGUCGCGGUCCAUUCCAGCAGCAUCAGCAACAACAAUCACAACAGCACCAGCAACAACAUCAGCAUCAGCAUCAGCAUCAGCAACAGCAACAGCACCAGCAACAGCACCAGCAACAGCACCAGCACCAGCAACAGCACCAGCAACAGCAACAGCACCAGCGACAGCACCAGCAACAGCAACAGCAACAGCAACAGCAACAGCAACAGCAACAGCAACAGCAACAGCAACAGCAGUCUUCACAGCACCAGCGUGACUUCCGCAGCAACGACCGGCCCACCACACCAGGGACGCCGUACGAAACGAGCAUGGCGAUGCAACAGGCGCAGUAUGUGGGGCAGCAAGGGCGUUACGGCGAGAGCCUCACGUCACCUCUGUCUCUGGAGGAUGUCAAGCGACGCACGAUGAAGUUCAUCGGCGAUGACGGGGCGACGCGCAUGAUCAACAUCAAUGAUUGCCGUGAUGCAUGGGAAGUGCUGGCGCGUGUGCUUAAGAAGUUUGGCAAGUCUGCUGGAGGAAACAGCUACACACGGACGUACUUUGAUUCGCAAUUGUCCCCUAUGGACACAGAGUUCAUCGCCGAUGGAAACAUCUGGCGCAUCUCAGCUACCAGCUCGAACGGGGAGACCAAGCUGUUGGACGACGACGAGCUGCUGGCCAUUUGCCAGUCACCACAGGUGCACGAUCCUCUUCGCGAGCGGGGACUCAGACUCGUGCGCAUUAAUGGAAUCCUAGAUGCAGGCGAAACAAACGACGCAGCCUCCACAAUGUCCAGGCGUCCUUUCAAGGCCAGCAGGAACAAGCUUGAGGCAUUUUUCGGCGAGCGCGUGCCCCCCAGCGGAGGGUACGGAGUAUCGCCGAAGAGCGCUAGCAUUCUGGAGGAAGACGCGACUGCUGAAGACUCAGUCACCACGGCCGGAAAGCGAAUCCAUCGCGCCAGCACGGCCAACAUUCUUCAUGCCCUCAGCGGCUCAAGCAGCCCCGGGCCCGUUGCCGGCCCUCGGCCGCCGUUACCAAAGAAGGAUGGUCGGCCUAUUGGGCCCGGUAUUCCAUUGCCACGACGCGCACGAAACUUCUUUGGCCAGCGGCCGCCUUCGGAGCUGAUUUCAUCGCAUCUGCAAGAUUACUUUCCCGCGACGGAGAAACGCGUUUUGGAGCGCACGGCUCGCCGUUCCAUCUACGGCAAAUCGGUGUAUCGCUCCGGGUCAACCCGGUCGCGACGCGAUAGCACGUGGACGUUCACCGCUGAUCCGGACGCUCCUCCAAUACCAGGCAAGGAAGAAGAACCUGAGAUGCCGAUCAUUCAUAUUGACGCCAGAAGCGCUCAGAAUGCACAGAUCGAUACCCCUCCUACGCUACCACCCGUAGUCAGGCGCAGCUCGCUCGACGAUUGGUCUGCAAACUUGCAUGAAUUGGGCUCGCCUAAUCCCGACCUGCCCUCUGGGCCCACAUCGCGCAAUGCUCCUUCGACCUUGCCACGCCCGCCUUCGAUACGAAGGCAUUCUGGCGAAAGCGUGCGAAGUCGACGAAGCAUGGCUAGCUCCCGGUUGCGCGACAAGGACAAGAGUGACACUGCAAGCUUGCUUACAGUCGAUGAGAUCACACAAGAGGUCGAGAACCGAGACAGUGUGCACAGCUCGCGUCCGGGCAGCAUUCGCCGCCCAAGCCCUCGAAGUAGCAUGCUCGCUAUCACGGACGAAGAGGACACGGAUGAUGGCGAGGGCAUGUUGUCCCCGAACGUUGCUGAGCGCCGUAGCAUCUUUAGCGCUUAUGAUGUCGCAUCUUCGAGUCUCUCGACUGCACCAACAGAGAGUGGAGCUUCUUCGGGCCUUCCACCGAUUCAAGGCUCUCCACGAACAGCGGGUACAGAAUUGCGCAGCGACCUGGUCGAAAGCGGAGAUGAGGAUGACGAUCUGGACUUUGAGGAGGAAUUGACCGAGUCCGGGGAUGAGGACGAAGACGAGGACUUUGAAGAACCUGGAAAAGAGCGUAUUAAGUGGAUCAAAGGCGCGCUCAUUGGCGCUGGUUCCUUUGGCAAUGUGUAUCUGGGUAUGAACCAGCGGACGGGCAUCAUCAUGGCCGUCAAACAGGUAGAGCUGCCAACUGGAGAGUCACAUAGUGACAAGCGCAAGAAGGACAUGCUGGAGGCGCUGGAACGGGAGAUCGAACUGCUCAAGACGUUGCAACAUCCCAACAUUGUCCAGUACCUCGACUCGUACGCGGAUGAGACGCAUCUCAACAUUUUCCUCGAAUACGUCCCAGGGGGCUCUGUCGCGGCUCUUCUCAACAAUUAUGGUGCCCUCCAAGAGGGACUUGUCCGAAAAUUCACCAAGCAGAUUCUCGAAGGCCUCAGCUUUUUGCAUGCGAAGGACAUCGUGCACCGGGACAUCAAAGGCGCCAACAUUCUCGUCGACACUGCAUCAAAAGUCAAGAUUUCAGACUUUGGCAUCAGCAAGAAGGUGGAAAGCAACCUGCUUGUCACUGGUGGCGGCCAUCGCGCUUCAUUGCAAGGUAGUGUGUUCUGGAUGGCGCCCGAGGUGGUCAAGCAAACAUCGUACACACGCAAGGCGGACAUCUGGAGUUUGGGCUGUCUGGUGGUAGAGAUGAUUAGCGGUACGCAUCCAUGGGCUAACCUCAAUCAGAUGCAAGCGCUCUUCAAGAUUGGCUCCUCUGCCAAGCCGACAUUACCGGAUCAGAUCUCGGCACAAGCAGUUGACUUUUUGAACAAAACAUUCGAGGUCAACUUCAACCUUCGCCCGGAUGCAGAUGAGCUACUUCAGCAUCCUUUCAUCACGGCUGAUUUUGUUGAGGAAGGCACCACUGGUGGCUUGCCAGGCGCAAAUCUCAGUGGUACCACUUUGGGGUCUGGCACGCACUCUUCCGCGACGGGAGGUGGAAAAGGUAGAAGCAAAGGAGCAGGCAGAAAGGUCAAGGGCGGGGCUGAAGGCGCACCCCCUCCUCCGAGUAAGAGUUGAUUGUUUUUUUAGUGUAUGUCUGGUCUCGCUGCAACUUUGUAUGCCUCGCAUUUCAUUUUUGGUCGCUCGACCGACCGGCUAGCAUUGGAUCAUAAACGU